CUUACUUUGGAACAUCAUUCAUUCAUAUAUACCCUCUUCUCUUCACUAUUAGGGUAUAUAUCAUCAAAAGCUACAUAGCUUCUUCUUCUUAUUAUUAUUAAUUAGGUUUAUCUAUAUGGAGGAAAAUCUACCUCCUGGUUUUAGGUUUCAUCCAACAGAUGAAGAACUCAUUACACACUAUCUUACAAUGAAAAUUUCUGAUGCUUCCUUCACAUCCAAAGCUGUUGCAGUUGUUGAUCUCAACAAGUCUGAACCUUGGGACCUUCCAGGUAAGGCUUCAAUGGGGGAGAAGGAAUGGUAUUUCUUCAGUGUAAGAGAUAGAAAAUAUCCAACUGGACUUAGAACCAAUCGAGCCACUGAAUCAGGGUAUUGGAAAACCACUGGAAAAGAUAAGGAAAUAUUUCGUGGUGGAGUUUUGGUAGGGAUGAAGAAAACCCUAGUGUUUUAUAAGGGUAGGGCUCCAAGGGGUGAGAAAAGUAAUUGGGUCAUGCAUGAAUAUAGAUUAGAAAACAAACACCAUUUUCGAACUUCAAAGGAUGAAUGGGUGGUUUGUAGGGUUUUCCAAAAGAGCAUAGCAACAAAAAAACCCCAACAAACAUCAUUUUCCCAACCAGAAUCUCCAUGUGACACAACCUCAAUAGUGAAUGAAUUUGGUGAUGUUGAGCUUCCAAAUCUAAAUGGUAUUACAAAUUCAUCAUCUUCAUGUGGAUUCACCAACAUUAUUCAAGGACAAACAUUCAACACUCAUGAUGAUCUUAACACAAAUAUGAAUUUGACAAUGAAUUGGCCAUCUUCAAGUCAUGUUCCAUCUCUACCAUGGCCUUCUAACUUGCUUAAUCCAAAUAAUAUUUCAGUAAAUUCAUUACUUCUAAAAGCAUUACAACUUAGGAAUUAUCAGCAACAAAGAGAAGUUGCAGCUACAAAUAUUCAUUUUGCACCUUACAUGCCUCAACAAGGAGUAAUAUCUCAUCACCAACUUGGAACUGAUCCAAGUAAUAAUUCAAAUGAUCUAAGUGCUUCUUCUUCAAAAGUUUUAGAGUGUAUGCCACAGCAUCAACAAGAGCAACCAUUCAAUUUGGACUCCAUUUGGUGAAGCUGUUUAAAACAUGCAUGAAGCUAAUUAACAUUGUGUAAACAUCAUUGUGAAUUAUUGUAAUACUAUAAACCUUCAACUCCUAUAGAUAAAAUGGUAAAACUAUAUUGGGAUUUGUGGGGACUUUAUUACUAUAUUAAUUGUCUUUUUCUCUUGUUUAAA